GAGCAGUGCUUCAGGUAAACAGCUUCUGGGAUUGUCCUCACUGAACAAUGACAUCCUAUCGCAGUCCUGCCGGAACUAUCGAGCAGUGCUGUGCACUGAGCUGACAAAGCCAUUGAUUAUUAGGAACCUCCCAUCCCCUUCUCUGCAGCCUCAUGAGGUCAGGGUUGGCGUCCAUUACUGUGGAGUAAAUUUUGCGGAUAUCUUGGCCUGUAAGGGUCUGUACCAGGAGAAGCAUUGUCUUCCAUUCACUCCUGGAAUGGAGUUUUCAGGGAUGGUGAUGGAGACUGGAGCGAAGGUCAGCACAGUGCAGGCGGGAGACAGGGUAAUUGGUGUGACUGGCACGAGUGCAAUGGCUGAGGAGUGUGUAACUGAUCAGAAGAUGCUGUGGCCAAUCCCAGAAGGUGUUUCUUAUGAAGAAGCUGCGGCAUUGCCUGUGUCUUAUGGCACAGCCAUUUUGGCCCUGGAACAUAGAGCACGCACGCAGCCAGGGUAA